CCACAUCACACAAAACAAGAUUUCAGCACUGUGAAGUAGAAUCAUACAGGACACAAAAUGUUGUGCCCAUGGCAGUUUGUGUUCAAACCUCCUGCUGCCAAGAACCAGUCCUCUGAAGAGAAGGAUAUCAAUAACAAUGUGGAGAAAAAUAUGAAGGUCCUUGGCUUCGGAAAAGAUGAUGCCAAAUUAUAUGAGCCGAGCAAGAAGAUACAGAUGCCUCCUGUCAUAACCUCAGCAGAGAAACCCCCACAAAAUGGUAUCAGACCUUCAAAUCAGGUAUCAAGAUGUCCAAGACAUGUAAAAGUAAGAAACUUGGAAAAUGGAACCAGUUUUCUUGACACUUUACACCUGACAGCAAAGGAGGUUAUCAACUGCCGGACUAAAGCUUGCCAAGGGGCCCUCAUGACUCCUAAGGGCCUGGUGAGGGGUACUAGAGAUGGGCCAGUUCCACCAGCAGAGCUUUUACCUCAAGCAAUAGAGUUUGUCAAGCUGUACUACAGUUCAUUUAAAGACUUAAAAAUAGAAGAACACCUGGCCCGGCUGGAAACGGUGACCAGAGAGAUAGAAACAACAGGAACCUAUCAUCUGACAAAGGAUGAACUGGUGUUUGCUACCAAACAGGCCUGGAGGAAUGCUCCAAGGUGCAUUGGGAGAAUCCAGUGGUCCAAUCUGCAGGUAUUUGAUGCACGUGAUUGUAAAACAGCCAAGGAAAUGUUUGAACAUAUCUGUCGUCAUAUUCAAUAUGCCACAAACAAUGGGAAUAUCAGAUCGGCCAUCACCGUCUUCCCUCAGAGGACUGAUGGGAAACACGACUUCCGAGUUUGGAACAGCCAGCUCAUUCGAUACGCUGGCUAUCAAAUGGCAGAUGGGUCUAUCGUAGGAGACCCUGCCAGCGUGGAGUUCACACAGUUGUGCAUUGAGCUUGGGUGGAAGCCGAAAUAUGGCCGCUUUGAUGUAGUUCCACUCAUUCUCCAAGCAAACGGCCAAGACCCAGAAAUAUUUGAAUACCCGCCAGAAAUUAUCCUUGAAGUGCCAAUGGAGCAUCCAAAGUAUGAAUGGUUUAAGGAGUUAGAUCUGAAGUGGUAUGCACUGCCUGCUGUUGCCAACAUGCUUCUGGAGGUGGGAGGCCUGGAGUUCACAGCAUGUCCUUUCAACGGCUGGUACAUGGGGACAGAGAUAGGAGUGCGAGACUUCUGUGACGUGCAGCGGUACAACAUCCUCAAGGAGGUGGGAAGAAGAAUGGGGCUAGAAACAAACAAACUUUCGUCACUAUGGAAAGACCGAGCUGUUGUAGAGAUUAAUGUGGCUGUGCUUCAUAGCUUCCAAAAACAGAACGUUACCAUCAUGGAUCACCACUCUGCUGCCGAGUCCUUCAUGAAAUACAUGCAGACCGAGUACCGCGUGCGGGGAGGCUGCCCGGCUGACUGGGUCUGGCUGGUGCCUCCGAUGUCGGGCAGCAUCACCCCCGUGUUCCACCAGGAGAUGCUCAACUACGUCCUCACGCCCUUCUUUUAUUACCAGGUGGAUGCUUGGAAAACACAUAUCUGGCAUGAUGAGACCCGGAGGCCAAAGAAAAAAGAAAUAAAGCUUAGCAUCGUGGUAAAGGCUGUAUUCUUCGCAUCUUCGCUCAUGCGAAAAACAAUGGCAGCUAGACCCAAAGUCACUGUGAUCUACGCAACAGAGACAGGGAAAUCUGAAACACUAGCCAGCAGUCUGUGCAUCUUGUUCAGCUGUGCCUUCAACACUAAGAUUCUGUGCAUGGAUGAGUACAAAAUCUGUGACCUGGAAAAAGAAACACUCCUUUUAGUGGUUACGAGCACUUUUGGAAAUGGAGAUUCUCCAAAUAAUGGCAAGACUUUGAAGAACUCCUUGUUGACUCUGAAAAUGCUGAGGAAAAAAAUUAGAUAUGCUGUUUUUGGUUUGGGGUCUACCAUGUAUCCAGAGUUCUGUGCCUUUGCUCAUGCCAUUGACCAAAAACUGGCCCAGCUAGGGGCUUCUCAGCUGGCUCCAAUAGGAGAAGGAGAUGAACUCAACGGGCAGGAAGAAGCGUUUCGCAGCUGGGCAGUCAAUGUAUUCAAGACUGCUUGUGACACUUUCAACAUCCGUGGGAAAAACAGUAUUCAGCUGCCUGGGAUAUAUACUUCAGAGGAAAGCUGGGAUCCUAAGAAUUACAGGAUAGUACAUGACUCUCAAACCAUGGACUUGACUAAAGCGCUUGCAGACGUUCAUGCAAAGGAUGUAAUUCCCAUGAAGCUGAAAUUCCGGCAGAAUCUGCAGAGUGUAAAAUCCAGUCGUGUUACUAUCCUGGUUAAACUUUCCUGUGAGACUGAUCAGGAAGUGCACUACCUGCCUGGAGAACAUAUUGGGAUUUUCCCAGGCAACCAGCCAGAAUUAGUCCGUGGCCUCAUUGCGCGUGUCAAAGAUGCCCCACCAAAUGACCAGACUAUCAGACUUGAAACAUGUGCUAAUGGUGGCUACUGGACAAGUGACAAAAAAAUUCCAGCCUGCACACUGCCCCAGGCUUUGACAUACUUGCUUGAUAUCACUACUCCACCCUCCCAGCAACUGCUAAAAAAACUCUCACAGCUGGUAACAGCAGAAGGAGACAAAGAGAAACUGGAAGUCUUAUGUCAUAAUACAGAAGAAUACAAUAAAUGGAAGUUUUACAACAGCCCUAACAUCCUGGAGGUCCUGGAGGAGUUUCCUUCUAUGGAGAUCUCAGCAUCUUUCCUACUGACUCAGCUGCCACUUCUGAAACCCAGGUACUAUUCUGUGAGUUCCUCCUGCGACAUGACGCCCAGAGAAAUUCAUCUGACAGUUGCAGUGGUCAGCUACAAGACAAGAGGUGGGGAAGGGCCUUUGCACCAUGGAGUUUGCAGUACAUGGCUGAAUACAAUAGCUCUGAAUGAAACAGUCCCAUGCUUUGUACGCAGUGCUACUGGAUUCCAUCUCCCAAGGGAGCCAACCAAGCCGUGCAUUCUUAUUGGUCCGGGAACAGGAAUUGCUCCGUUCAGAAGUUUCUGGCAGCAGCGUCUCUAUGACUUGGAAAAGAAAGGGACCAAAGGUGGCAACAUGACAUUAUUGUUUGGCUGCCGGCAGCCAGACAUGGAUCACAUCUACAAAGAAGAAAUGCAGGAAAUGAAGAGGAAAGGAGUCCUGAAAGAGGUCUACACAGCGUACUCCAGACAGCCUGGCCAAGCUAAAGUCUACGUUCAAGACAUUCUUCAAAGCAAGUUGGAAGGUGAAGUGUGCACCCUUUUGCAUAAAGAAGGAGGACAUCUGUAUGUCUGUGGAGACGUGCGCAUGGCCAGGGAUGUUGCUCAGACUUUGAAGGGGAUGCUUGCAAGUAAACUGAGCCUCACUGAGCAGCAGGCAGAGGAGUAUAUCUUCCAGCUAAAGAGCCAAAAGCGAUACCAUGAAGAUAUAUUUGGAGCUGUGUUUCCACAAGAAGUCAAAAGAAAUGUAAGAACCUUGCAAUCCUCCAGUCCUUGAGCAAAUGAACAAACAAUGUUUUAGACUGUUCUUGCACAUUCGUUGUUAUUUUCAAAAAGGAAGGAGCCAAAUCCUCCUUCUGU